UACUUCGUUGCGUGUGGGUUGGUAACAGCUGGUAUGGUCUGUAUUCAAACAAUGUUUGACGGCGCCACACCUUGUCUGUAGCCCCCAGUAAUAACAAGGUGUGUGGCGACAGGUCAGCAUGGAGGUCCGGACCAGAUUAUCUGUCACUGUGGUCGUUAUGUGCGUUUGCUGUUUACAGGGGUUGUUUGGCCAAUUCGCGGUUCAACCCCUGAGGAAAGCGCUGCUGGAGAACUAUGACAAGCGACUCCGACCUGUCCGGGACCAGGCCACCACUGUCAGGCUGGACUUCGACGUGGCGCUGAGGCAGGUUGUGGGGCUGGAAGAAUUAGACCAGAUAUUUACAACUCUGCUGUGGCUACGAUUGUACUGGACGGAUGAAUUACUUCAGUGGAACGCGUCACAGUAUGACGGCAUCACGACGGCGACGUUCCAUUCUACUGAAGUCUGGACCCCUGACCUCUUCCUUAUCAACAAUAUCGGAGGGGGGUCAGGUGAUCUGUCACGUGUCACUGACGUCACCGUCACCAGUGAAGGACGCGUCGCUUGGCGCCAACCCGGACUGUUCAGCAGCGCAUGCGAAGUAGAUGUCAGCGGAUUCCCUUAUGAUAAACAGACCUGCAAGUUGGAAUUCUCCUCCUGGCUUUAUGGCGGUGCUCAGAUGGAUCUCUUCAACAUGUCAACUAGCAUGGACAUGACUGCGUUUACGCCGAACGACCAGUUUGAAGUGGCAGGGUCAGAAGUAUGGAAAAAGGAGACGUACUACUCCUGCUGUCCGGAUGACCCCUGGCCCAGUAUCGAGCUGCACGUCCAUCUCACGCGCCGCCGUCUGUUCUACAUCAUCAACAUGGUGGUUCCGUGUUUGGACCUGCUAGUGCUGAACCUGGCGGCCUUCUACAUCCCGCCUGACAGCGGAGAGAGACUGGGUUUUACAAUCACGGUCCUUCUGUCGCUGGUGGUGUUUCAGCAACUCCUGACCACACAGCUCCCAGCCACUUCCACAUCCACACCCAUGCUUGGGAAGUUCUUCACCGCCACCAUAGUCCUGGUCACCAUCUCCCUGCUCAUCACCAUCCUGGUUCUCCGGUUGUCCCACCCGAGCCACCCGUCCCGGCCGCUACCCCGCUGGAUCCGCCUGCUGCUGCUCCACUACAUGGCGUCCUUCUUCUGCAUGUCUAACAUUGCUAAAGAGCGGCCAUCCUCCGGGACGCCUCGGGACGGCAGAGGUACCCACUUGUUGCACGACAACGGCGACACUGAGAUGAAGGACAUCGGUCGUGACACUCUACAGGAGAUCGCCCUUACUGACGCCGCGAACCGAUCCCUGCUUCAUCGAAUUUCAUCAAAGGUGGAGAACAUCUCGGCCCAUCUGCAGAGAAUGGUGGACGAUGAGGAGGAAGAAAGCGAGUGGAAGAUGGCGGCGCUCGUCGUGGACAGAGCUGCCAUGUGGGCGACUGCUGUUGCCUCCAUCGUCAUCAGCCUCGUGUUUCUUCUGUAGUAAAGUUGCGGGGGCUGCAGUACCUGACCUGGACGUCAGAAUAUUGUAAACAACAACGUUUCUGGUCCAGGAAAAUCAGUCAGGACUUAAGAGGCUACUUUUGCAAGCCAGACUAGCUUCAUGAUUUGCAUUCACUGAAAAACGUUUGGUAGGAAUAAAAAAAAUCAAAUGCACAAGAAAGAAA